AUGGCUCUCAGUAAUUCUUCAUCGAGUCGGAAGUUGGCCUUUGAGGAUGUGGUGACUACUUUAAUCUCUGAAGAUUCAAGGUGGAAGACAUCUCAAGGAUCUUCUUCUAAUGAAGCCCUUAUUGCAAGAGUUAUUGAUGUUGGUGAACCUAUUUUAAAUCAGGAGGCUUGUGAAGUUGAAUGUGUAAGAAAAUGGAGAGUUUCUAUGGAAGAGGAGAUGGAAUCUAUACAUAAGAAAAAAAUGUGGGAGCUUGUGCCAUUGCCUAAGGGGAGAAAAGCUAUUGGGAACAAGUGGGUCUUCAAGUUGAAUAGGGAUUUAAAUGAUAAUUUGAAGAGAUAUAAAGCUCGGUUGGUGGCCAAAGGAUAUUUGAGAGGCACUUCAGAUGCUGCUAUCUAUUACAGUGGGAGUAGUCUUCAAGUUAAUGGGUAUGUGGAUGCAUAUUUUGGUGGAGACAGAGAUAAGAGAAAGUCUACAACAGGCGAGGGAGUUUUGCCUAUGAGCAUCGACCAAGAAAUAGCGAGGCGUGUAUGCAACGAGUGUGGGGGUCUUCCCUUGGCCCUUAAAGUAGUCGGGCAGGCAAUGGCGGGAAUCACACAGUCAAAUGAAUGGGAAUUGGCAGUCAAGAGAUUGCAGAAUGAUGUUACAAACUCGCUAUAUGGAAAGUUGAGACUAAGUUACGAUGCUUUGGCCGAUCUGGCUGGCUAUGGCAUUUCCUUGCAGUUGUGCUUUCUCUGCCUCGCUGCUUACCCUGAAGAUAGUAUCAUAUCUUCUACAUAUGCUACUGCCUACUGGAUUGGAGAAGGGUUGGUAGCUGGUCCGGAUCCUUUCAAAAUUGGAGAGAUGUACAUCAACUUGUUAGCUGACCGAUGCCUUAUUGAACCGGUGAAGAAGAAUUAUGAGGGAAGAGUGCUCUGUUUCAGGGUGCAUGAUGUUUUGCACGAUUUGGCACAGCAAUUCGCUGUGAAGGAAGAAAAGUGCUUCUUUCAGGCAGGCAGAGGUUUACGACAGUUUCCAGUGGACGUCUCUUCAGGAUACAUCAGAAUUUCAUUAAUAGACAACAGUUUGACUAGUGUUCCAAGGACAUUCAGAGCUUCGCAUAUCCGCUCCUUGCUACUGGCUGGUAAUACUUCUUUGGCGGAAAUUUCAAAAGAGGUAAUUGGAAAUAUGACCUCUCUCAGGGUCCUGGAUUUGUCAAGGACUGCCCUCCUGUCGUUGCCAAAAAACAUAGGAAUUUUGAAACAUUUAGUUUGCCUCAAGUUACCCUAUGUGCCAAUCAAGAGACUGCCCAACUCUGAUGCUGCUCUAAGAAGCCUUCAAAUAUUAGAUCUUCAAGGAUCUGAUAUUGCACAACUCCCAGCUGGCAUUUCUAAGUUGACUUCCCUAAAACUUUUAGACGUUGCUUUCUGUGAGCAUCUGCAGUGCAUGCCUUAUGGAAUUGCAGACCUCACGUCUUUGGAGUACCUGAAUGCAAGUAAUUCUCCAAAUAUAGGGUGGAAAAAGUGCAGAAGAAAUCGGCUUUCAAUUAGUCACCUGGGUAACCUGAACCAACUCAGAAGGUUGGGGUUUCAAAACAAUGGUGAAAUAAUUGGAGAAGGAUUUCUUGGAACCAUGAAACAGAUGGAGUAUCUAUAUUUUCACCUCACAGAUAUGGAAAGCCUGCCCCAUGGCAUGACUGCCAUGGCAAAACUGAGAGAACUCUGUCUAAUAUGUCCUCAUUUACUAAAGAUAGAGAAUUCAAUUUGUGAAUUUCGACAUCUAAGCUUCAUUAAGUUGAUUCAAUGUGACAUGCUGAAACAACUACCUGCCUUGCACAAACUUCCGAGUCUAAAGCACCUAGACAUAGUCAAUUGCCCUAACAAAGAGAAGUUCCCAGAAGAAUUUGGCAAGGGUGGAGCAUUUCCUAAGCUUGAAGUAUUUUCAGUGGUGGACAUGAUGAAGUUAGAGCAGCUGCCAGUGGUGGAAGGAGGAGCACUGCCUUCACUUAAAACAUUAACAAUAAUGAAGUGUGAGGCAUUGCAGAGGUUACCAGAGUGUUACUGGAAUUUGAAGAGUGUAGAAAAGAUAAGAGUGUAUGGUUGUUCAAAGGUUCAACAUGUUAUGGCAGAGGAAGAAAAUUUUAUUAAGACAAAGACGAAAGUUCAAACAAUAAGAGUAUCUACCAUAGAAAUUCAAGCAUUAGAAGAACGUUACUUUGAUAUGCGUCAUCGGGGUGGACAUUUUUACUAUGGCGAAUUUUGGUGUAAUGAGGUGUUUCGCUUUUUGGAAUUUGCUAUGAGUUUUAUCAUUCAAAGAAAUGGCAUAUAA